GAAGCCACGCCCCUCCCGCUCACUUCCGGGCUGCCUUCGUAACAAUGGAGAAGAUGGCGGAGUGAGGAUUUCUUUGGGCGUAGGAGCCAGAAAAAGAUUGGACACCGGAGCCAGCGGACUCUCCUCGCGACAGGUUCACCUAUACAUCAACUAGUCAACAUGGAGAGUACCGAUUCUACCGGGAAAGGAAAUGCUGAACAGUCAGAUUCUCAACGCCAGAGUCAGAUGGACCGGUUGGACAGAGAGGAAGCUUUCUAUCAGUUUGUAAAUAAUUUGAAUGAAGAGGAUUACCGGCUCAUGAGAGAUAAUAAUUUAUUAGGAACUCCAGGGGAGAUUACUAAAGAGGAGCUACUGAGAAGAUUGCAGCAAAUUAGAGAAGGACCUCCUCCGCCAAAUUCAGAUGAAAACAGAGGUGAGAAUGCCGAAGACUCUUCUAAUGGAGAUUCUAUAAUAGACUGGCUAAAUUCAGUGCGACAAACUGGAAACACAACAAGGAGUGGACAACGUGGCAAUCAGUCAUGGAGGGCAGUCAGCAGGACAAAUCCAAAUAGUGGAGAUUUUCGGUUUAGUUUGGAGAUCAAUGUGAAUCGCAGUACCGGUAACCAAAAUCUGCCUCCUGGUGAACAGUCGGAAGGCUCUGGGGUUGAAAAUAUGGAACUUGCCAAUCAAGGUGAGGCUGAGGCCGAGCCGGAGCCAGUAACGGAGACCGUAACGGAGCCAGUAACAGAGACAGUAACAGAGCCAGUAUCCGAGACUGUAGCUGAGACCGUAACGGAGCCAGUAACGGAGCCAGUAACAGUGCCCGUGCCUGAGCCAGUGCCCAUGCCUGAGCCAGUGCCCGUACCUGAGCCCGAGCCUGAACCUGAGGUGGAAGCUGAACCUGAAAUUGUGACAACUGGAGGAACUGUGGAAACUGUCGUAGAGGAGCCUAUUCCUCAAAGAGGUCAAAGGAGAGCCAGAAGCAGAAGCCCAGAGCUGCGAAGGAUCAGGUCCAGGUAUGACAGAAGCCGAUCACCCUUGAAUCCAGCUGUUGAAGUACCAAUUCGGAGGGCUCAGCAUAAUUCAUCACAGACUGUUGACCCUUCGCCUGUUGAACCAGAGGGUAGCUCUAGAACCAGACAGCUUGUGACUGCAUAUCUGAGCAACUCUGCAACUGAGACAGAGGGCAGCUCUAGAACUAGGCAGCAUGUAACAUCUAGGCAACAGGCAUUAGUUGUUGAUCCUCCGAGUGCAAGCACUGUGGUUUCAAACUCUGAGACAAACUCCCCACAGCCCCCUCCAGCAGAGACUCCAGAAAAUGCAGAGGCUACAGGAACCGGUCAGAGGCCACCGACCAUAGUUUUAGAUCUUCAGGUCAGGCGGGUACGCCCAGGGGAAUAUCGUCAAAGAGACAGCAUUGCAAAUAGGACACGCUCUCGUUCUCAAACUCCUAAUAACACCGUUACGUAUGAGAGUGAGAGAGGAGGAUUUCGUCGCACUUUCUCAAGGUCUGAACGUGCCGGUGUCCGGACAUAUGUCAGUACUAUCAGAAUUCCAAUCCGUAGAAUACUUAACACUGGCCUAAGUGAGACCACGUCUGUUGCUAUACAAACAAUGCUGAGACAGAUAAUGACUGGCUUUGGGGAGCUAAGUUACUUCAUGUAUAGUGACAAUGAUGCUGAGCCUGGAACCCCUGCUGCUGGUUCUCCUCCAGUAGCAACUGGAGUGGAAAUGCAAAACAAUGCAGCGGCAGCAGCUGCAGCAGCAGCGGUAGCGGCAGCAGCAGCAACUCCUCCCAGAGCACCUGCACCAGAGCCAGCAGAGCCGCCUCCUGUGCCUCCCAUCCCUCCCGUUCCUCCCGUCCCUCCCAUGGAAGCUGACAAUGGAAGUAAUGAUGUUUCAACCUCUGGAACCAGGAGGGAGAUCCGUAAUAACAGAGGAUCUGUAACCUUUGAAGAAAGUGGUUCUUUGCCGUUUCUCAGAUUGGCACAAUUUUUUCUCCUUAACGAGGAUGAUGAUGAUCAGCCAAGAGGACUCACCAAAGAACAAAUUGACAACCUGUCUACCCGAAACUAUGGUGAAAAUGAUGCCCUGAAAACUUGUAGUGUGUGCAUAACAGAGUACACAGAAGGGAACAAGCUACGCAAGCUUCCCUGCUCUCAUGAGUACCAUGUCCACUGUAUUGAUCGCUGGCUUUCUGAGAACUCUACAUGCCCUAUCUGUCGCCGUGCUGUUCUGGUAUCGGCCAACAGAGAAAGUGUUGUUUAAACCAAUUGCUAAAAACUGUCAACUAAGCGGCUAGCAUUUCUAGGCUGGGCAGUGGGGGAAAAGAUGCUUUUUAUGGCCACUUUUUGAGUGGUGCUUAAACUAGGGUUUUGACUUGGAGUGAGAUGUCCUUUUUUGAAUAUAAGCAGAUCUCAUUUUCUUCCCUCACCAAAUGUUAGAAUACAUGUAAAAGAAGAAGGUUCACAAAGUAAAUCGGGAUACUGCUUUUAUGUACAAUCUGAAUUACAAAGACAGACUCCAAUUACAACCUGUGGUGGAGCCAAGGCUUUGCUUUCAGUGCUGGAAAGAUUCAUCAGAAGACCCCUUCAGCAUUAAAGGGUGGCUGGACUUUGCAAACUGUAUAAUUUAAAAAAAGAGAAUUUUUUUUUUUUUUUUUUUAAUUAAAUGUUUAAUUUCAAAAGCAGCCUUAAAUGUUGCAAUUUGUGUAUUGUCCCUGCCUCCAAGCUAUUCGCCCCAAUAUACUUUGAACUUUUGACUUUAAAAUCAUAACUCUAUAUGACAACAUUAGCAGAUAAGCAUAUAAUGAUUCUUAUGCGCCAGUUACACUAGUUGUGGUUGCCAAAUCUUUGCCAUGAAUUAAAGCUUUUAACCCAGUGGAAGUGCACCUUGGAUAUCACACACAAAGAUAUUUUGGUUAUUUAAAUGCUACAAGGAUCAUUUACUUAUUUUCUAUUUUAGGUUAUGCGUUUGCUAAUUUUUGGAGUGUAUAUAAGGUGAAAAUAACAUGAUAUCUGCAGAUCUCUGUGAGUCUGCUUACUGCACAGCUGGAGGCACUGGUGUUGGAAAAAAAAAAUGUAAUGUUAACCAAAUGCAAUAUGAUUUGUUUUAUAAUUUGCUCGCAUGACAUUCUGAAGCAUAAGCUCAUUUAUUAGAAAACAAAACCAAACCUGAAAAAAAGGUACCAUAAUAGCACCUGUCAGUCUUUUGUGCUAAGCACUUAUAAAUUAUUGAGGCCUACUCAAUAUGUUCUGUAGUAGUUCGAUCUGACAGCGUUUGUAAGUUAGUGUAUUAUAGAGGUUUAUGUUUAAGAUACUAGCUUCAAUAUUUUUUUUAACUAUUUUUUUCUUUUCUUUUUUUUUUUUUUUUUAAGAAUUGAUAAGUAAUGGGCAGAUAACUUUGGUCACUGUACCCACUAAAUGUUUAUCUUUAAAAAUAUUCAAAGGACAUGAUUUUUAGUGGUUGGACUGCAUCUUUCAAUAGAACAAUCUGGUUCCUACGUCCAGUUUAGGGUCUUCCUGCUUCAGCACGUUGUGCCUUGCGUUCUGGAUGUACUUUCUGUGGCAGUGAACAUUUUUACCAAGUCUAAGUCCAGCGGAUGUCUGCUUCAUAUAACACGCCAAAUUUUUAUUUUGUAAAAAAAAAAAGUUGAUCUUUUGAUGCACACAAAUAUUUUUGUGUUUGUUUGAAAUUUCUUCCAUGGGAUGGAUUGGGGUGUUCCUACCUAUAAGGCUCAGAGAAGAGGAGGGGCGCAAAGCAUUUCCUUCCAGCACUGAAGGGGGAUAGGAUAGCCACAAAGGUGUUCAAAUAUGACUCUUUACAUUGGUAAAUGAUCAAGGAUAACCUAGUUCUGUAAACUCACUUUAGGAUUUGUGUAAAUAGACACUUGUCAGGUUUUUCUCAUUCUGUAUGUCUGAAGGCCCAUUUUAAUGGCAUACUGUAGAAAUUGCUGAUUUAGUUUAAAUUUGGAUUAUUUAUCUCGUUGUGAAAUAUAACAAAUGUCUAUGCUUGUUAAAAUAAAAAAUCACUUUGUUUAAAAUGUAUAGCUUUUUGUAGCUGCAGCUCCCUACUUAAUCUUCGCACUGUCCCUGCACAGUUAAUGUGUUGCAGACAAUCUGUCUGACAUGACGCUUGCUCAUGAUUCACAUAUACACAUAGCUGCCAGCUUAAGAACUGCAUUUGCAACUGUCUGACCAUAAAUAUAUAAGGGGUCUGGUUCAUGUUUUAAUAUGUGAAAUAUAACAUUGAGGCUGCUAACCUGAACUGGGAAUAAAAGUUUUAAAAAUUUAAGCAUUAAA